UCAAAAAGCCGACGACGUUUCUCAUUUCAGGCCAACUCAUCGGUCCUUUUGACACAGAAUAUGUUUGUUUUCAGUUCUUUAUGUUAUGAAUUGUGAAUUAAUUAUUACAAGAUAGAUUAAUAAUUACAAUUAAUAACAUGGAGGUACAUUAUCUCGUGUUUGUUUUGUGUGCAAUAUGGCAAGGCACGAAUGCCAUCAUGUGGAAUCUGGCGCCUAACACUCAGAAGUGUUUGAAGGAAGAACUCCAUGCAAAUGUGCUCGUGGCAGGAGAAUACGAAGUUACAGAGGUUACCGGACAAAGAGUCGACUAUGUCAUCCGAGACUCAAAAGACCACAUAUUAUCACAGAGAGAUUCAAUAACUAAGGGCAAAUUCACAUUUGUGACAGAAAACUAUGACACAUUUGAAGUUUGCUUCAUUUCAAAAGUACCACCAGAACGCCGCGGCGUCGCCCAAGAUGUGAUGCUUGACAUCAAAAUUGGUAUUGAAGCCAAAAAUUAUGAAGGCAUCUCUUGGAUUGGUGAGGCGGCUAAGUUGAAGCCAAUGGAACUGGAACUGAAGAGACUAGAGGAUCUGUCAGAGGCCAUAGUUCAAGACUUCACACUAAUGAGGAAACGAGAGGAGGAAAUGAGAGACACUAAUGUCUCCAUUGUUCUUAUGUUCCAGAGUCCACAAACAACCGCGUCCUAUUCUUCAGCUUAUUCUCCAUGGGAUGUCUCCUGGGUCUCGCCACGUGGCAGGUUCUCUACCUUCGCCGGUAUUUCAAGGCCAAGAAACUCAUUGAAUAGCACCUUAUAAAUUUAACCGCGGCUAAAGUUGCUUGCGGACAUAGACUAUUUAGAAGUUUGCAAAUGGUGCAUGUCUGUGUGUCCUGUGUAAGGAUUUCUUUUUAGUCUUUGUAUCUGAAAGUAUUCCUCAUUUAUUCAUUGUUCAUAAGCGUAUUCGUUGUUAAUAAAGAUGUAAAUAUAUUUUCGAAUCUAAUUAUAUUUUGUUAACCAAAUUGACAGUAACGGAGUCACGUAGUAGAAUUCAAAAUCCUACGCUGGCAACACUGCAUUCGAUCAAACCUUAGUGAUAAUAAAUAAACAUUUCAUCACAAUACCCCGCAAACCACUUUAUCCGCGACCAUAGAUCUUAUAUUACUUUAUAUUUAAAAAUAAUAAAAAUUUUGGAAUACUUAAUUCAGAUUUAUUAUUUAAUGUUUUUUUGUUGUAAAUGAUUGCGUUCCUGUCUGUUUACGAAUGUGGUAAUAAUAUAUUUAAUUUAU